AUGCCUGACCUUCACCAGAAUGACCUUCAGAUCUUGGCACGUCGGGAAAAGAUUUUACCUGUAUGUGUCAAUGAUAGAAAAGACAUGGAUUCUUUACGAUGUUACGCAUGCGCAGACUCUGGAAAUUGUGAAACAUCCUAUGAUGCUUUGAUACAUAACAGAGACAAGGGAGGCAACUUAAACAGGAACUGUUCAGCUCCUAAUCAACACUAUUGUAUGAUAGAAAGCAUCAAAAAGGAAGACAAAGAUGUCAGCUUCAUCAGAGAUUGCAGUGAUGGACAUACAUUUUCAUACAACGACAUUCCCCGUCUAAAGACAGUGAUGCCAAACAACCAAUCAACGUGCGCCUACUAUCAGGCGUAUGUGAUCUGCAUCUCCGUUUGUCGAACAGACUUUUGUAACGGUCCACAGGAGGGAAUAUCACGUGCCGGGGGUAUGAACAACGCAUGGGCACUGACGUUAACACUUUUAAUGUGUUGGAUUAUCCAUUGGUGUGGUUUAUUUGACCAUGCUGUACACAGAGGGUCAGAUGAAUAA